AUGGCUGGCCGGCAGGGCUAUUGGGGGGCGGAGAGCGUGGGGAUGCAGCCAGCCCGCUACUACUGCAUCGAUGUGGAGUGUGUGGCCACCGGCACAGACCACAACUCGCGCUCGGUGGGCCAGAUUUCCCUGGUGGAUGAGCACGAGCGCGUGCUGUGCAACUUCUACGUGCGCCCCGACCAGCCCGUGGUGUCCUACCUGACCCCGCUGACCGGGCUGACCGCGCAGCUGCUGGCUCAGCACGGCAUGCCGCUGGCGCAGGCGGUGGCCCUGCUGCAGCAGUGCCUGCCCAGCACCGCGACCCUGGUGGGCCAGAACAUCGCCAAGGACGUGCAGUGGCUGGGCCUGAAGGAGGGGCAGCACUUUGAGCAGGCAAGCUGGGGGAUGAUGGACCUGACGGGCCUGUUCCGGGUGUGGAAUACCCAGUACAAGUCAUGGAGCGUGUUUGGGCAGGACCACUUGGCCAAGGUGCUGCUCAACUGGGACACCUCGGUGGGCGGCCACGACGCGGUGGGCGACGCGCUCAAGUCCAUCCGCCUGUUCAAGCUCUACCAGCAGCUGCAGCCCCACCCGGAGCAGUGGAAGGCGGCGCAGCAGGCGCUGCUGGCCACGCCGCCGCAGCCCAGCUUUGCUCGCCAGAACCCCAGCUUUGAGGGUGUGUGCAUGGGCAACAGGAAGACCUGCACCUGCGGCGCCGCCUUCCUGGGCUGA